GCUAUUAAGUUUGUUCAGUCACUCCGAUCAAGCAGGUCACCAUGAAGGUCUUCGUUGUUCUCGCCGUUAUUCUGGCCGUAUCAGCCGCCGCUCCACAGUUCGGCGGUGGCAAUGCCAACGCUAAUGCCAACGCCAAUGCUCAAUCCGAAGGCGAAGGCGGAUACGGAGGUGGUUUCGGAGGUCCUGGCGGUCAGGGAGGUUUCCAACGACAACAAGGACCUGGUGGAUUCGGUGGACCUGGUGGAUUCGGUGGACCUGGUGGAUUCGGUGGCCCUGGUGGACCUGGUGGAUUCGGUGGACCUGGUGGAUUUGGUGGACCUGGCGGACCUGGUGGAUUCGGUGGACCUGGUGGAUUUGGUGGACCUGGCGGACCUGGUGGAUUCGGUGGACCUGGUGGGUUCAGUGAACCUGGCCAGAGGGGACCUGGAGGACCGGGAGGAUUCGGAGGAUUCGGAGGAGAAGGAGGAUACGGAAACCAAGGCGGAUUUGGGGGCAAUUCCCAAGCUAACGCUGACGCCAACGCCGUCGCCAACGGCAAUGGUUUCGGAGGUGGAAACGCCAAUGCCGAUGCCAAUGCCAAUGCUAACGCUAAUUCCUUCGGCAAAUAAGAGUCUUUCUCUAUCAGAAUUUCUGAAUAAUUUUUUAAAUUUAUAAAAAUAUAAAACUAAUUAAAAAAAAAAAAACACUAAA